AUGGCGGCUAGCAAUACUAGUAGUGGUAAUCGGUCAAUGGAAUCCCGGACUGGGCGUACCAAGCAACGAUACAAUACGAAAGGCGAACGACUGGUUGCCGGCGUUGUCCCUCUGACUGCGGACAAGUACUACGUCAUGUUGAUCCAGUCCACGCGUCGAAAAGGUUGGGUGCUGCCCAAGGGCGGAUGGGAACUGGACGAGGAAUGUCACGAGGCUGCUGCCCGUGAAGCUUGGGAGGAGGCCGGUAUCGUGGUUCAGAUCAACUAUGACUUGGGUGAUAUUCAGGAUACCCGCCCUCCCAAGAAAAAUUCCACCAAGGAGAAGGAGCGCUCGCUCUACCGAUUCUUCGAGGCCACUGUCACCAGCGAAGAGCCCGAGUGGCCCGAGAAGGACAAGCGUGAGCGCAAGUGGUACACAUACGCUCAAGCGUCCGAAUUGUUGAAAGAACGACCAGAACUUCAAGCAGCUCUAGAUCUGUCGACGAUCAAGAGGUAA